CAGUCCCUCACAAUCAGCCGGCCCAUAGUAAAAAGGCGCUCCCUCUAACCUCCCCCCAUACAAUUUUCCUCUGCCUCUCACUCUUUCUACACAGCCAAAUCUCCCAUACAAAAUCCGCACCCAAUUCUCAUCGCAACGCAGCAAUUGCACAAUUAAACACCACAUUUCGACUUUUCUCAAAAACCUCUUAAAGUCAAAGCCAUUCACCAUGCCUAAGGCCGCUACUAAGAAGAGCGCCAAGCCUGAGAAGCGCCGCGCCAAGAAGGACCCUAUGGCCCCCAAGCGUGGUCUCUCCGCAUACAUGUUCUUCGCCAACGAGCAGCGUGACAACGUCAGGGAGGAGAACCCCGGUGUCACAUUCGGCCAAGUUGGCAAGAUCCUGGGUGAGCGCUGGAAGGCUCUGAGCGACAAGCAGAGGGCGCCAUACGACGCCAAGGCUGCUGCCGACAAGAAGAGAUACGAGGACGAGAAGGCUGCUUACCAGGCUGGCGGCGACGAGGAUGAGUCCUCUUGAUUCUCGCCUGAUCGUUUGCCUGCGCGAACCAUUCUCCAGGGCUGAAAGACCAUUGAGAUGAUCAAAUCAUGUCUCCAGCUCGUCAGAUCAUGAACCACCAUUCUGAUCGGGCGGAAUGCCACUGGCGCGCUAUUUUCUUUCAUGUCACUUUGGGUUUGGUCAGGUCAGGUGUUGAGUGUUAGCCACGGACUGGGUUCUCUUUUUUCGGCAUUUGUUAUCGUAGCUUUUUCGAUCUGUUCUACUUUUUUUUUCUCUUGAUGAAGGGGGGAAUACCCCUAUGGCCGGAGGGGAAUGGGGUAAGGGAAAGGAUUCCCACUUCAUCGGGCUUGGACGAUGGUAUUAUGAUUUGUUUUUCCAGAGAUACCACACCAUCAUCUUACUCCACCGUCAGGAAGUGAGAAUAAGACUUUGGGAAAACGGCAGCCCAAGCCAUCACACAAACUUCGAUGAGCUGUAUCACUAGAUUAAAAGGCGACGCCGAACGGCUUUUCCUUGCUAAAUACAGUGAAAACCGUUUCUGAGCAACGAACUUUUUAUCACAUGCAAUGGCUAGAGUUCCUCUCACGCAAUACCCAACAAGACCCAAAAUACAUGGGUAGUCGUGAAUUCUCCCUUCAUCCUGUCGGUGCUUGGUGUUGGUUCUUGCAUACUCUUAGUCAGCACUAAUACCCAAAGAGGCUCAUGUUGCAUCAUUACCUUGGAGAGCAAAAUUAGUCUGCACGUCGUCAUCUGUAAUAAGAAUAAACUCGACUAUAACUUUAAAAUUUAGGGAGGCCCUGUCCGUCCCAUGUACAUUCCAUGUGUGGGUAUCAAAAGUAACUAA